AUGUGGGCGGGGUCCUGACUGUUUUCUUAGGUAGCCUGUUAAAAUGCCCGAACUCAAAACACUUCUUUUUCCAAGAUGGCGUCGAUGAAGGACAGCGACACCGGACUGUGGCUUCACAACAAGCUGGGCUCCACGGACGAGCUGUGGACGCCGCCGAGCAUCGCCUCGCUCCUCACCGUGUCGGUGAUAGACAACAUACGGCUGUGCUUCUCCAGCCUGUCUCCGCCGGUGAAGCUCAAGCUGCUGCUCGGGAUGCUGCAUCUCCCGCGGAGGACCGUGGACGAGAUGAAGGAGGCCCUGUCGGAGAUCAUCCAGCUGGCUACGGUGGAUUCAGAGCCUUGGGUGCUGAUGGUCGCGGACAUCCUCAAGUCUUUCCCAGAGACCGGCUCUCUCAAUCUGGACUUGGAGGAGCAGAAUCCAAAUGUGCAGGAUAUUCUUGGAGAGCUCAGGGAGAAAGUGAGCGAGUGCGAGGCGUCUGCCAUGCUUCCUCUGGAGUGCCAGUACCUGAACAAGAGUGCGUUGACCACUCUGGUGGGACCUCUUACACCCCCCGUCAAACAUUUCCAGCUGAAGAGGAAGCCCAAGAGUGCAACGCUCAGAGCAGAGCUGCUACAGAAAUCCACAGAGACGGCCCAACAGCUUAAAAAGACAGCCGGAGUGCCUUUUCACGCCAAAGGGAGAGGAUUGGUCAAAAAGAUUGACACUACUACUCCUCUCAAGGGGAUUCCCAAGGCCCCGUUCCGCAGUCCCACUGCCCCCAGUUUAUUCAGCCCUCCCAGUAACCGCACACCUAUUGCCCCUGCACGGACGCCCCUGCGUAAAGAGAGGGGGGUCAAGCUUUUAGAUAUUUCCGAGCUGGAUAUGGUCGGAGCUGGAAGAGAGGCCAAGAGGAGAAGAAAGACUUUGGAAACGGAGGCUGUAGAGAAAGCCGCCAAAGACGAAGCAGCAGCAGCAGCAGUGGUGGAAAACACAACCCCCGACUACGCUGCCGGCCUCGUCUCUGCUCAGAAACUCGGGGCGUUGAACGAGAAUCCUCUGCCGUCGACCAGCUACCUACCGGCCACACCCAGCAUGGUUCCCUCCUCCUCUUACAUUCCCAGCUCCGAGGCCCAGCCAGCGAACGCUGGUGGUUCUGGACGGGACACGCUGCAGUCGGCUCGCCAACCAGAGGAGUCGGCAACAGUGGGCGCCGGCGCCACCGCCACCCUGCCGGGCCAGUACAAACAGAGAACGCCAAUGUACAACGCAGGCAACACGGCUAAUCCUGCAACCCCGACGUCCCCCAGCACGCCGGUUUCCACCCCAGCCAGCAACGGGCCCCCAGCAGCUGCGACAGCCAGCCAGCCGGAGACCCCCACCCAGCCUCCCAGUACACCCCAGACCCCCACACAGACACCCACCCCUAUGCCACCACAGCCCCAGCCCAAAAAGAAUCUGUCACUCACGAGAGACCAGAUGUUCGCUGCCCAGGAGAUGUUCAAGACGGCCAACAAGGUCACCAGACCAGAGAAGGCCCUGAUCCUGGGCUUCAUGGCUGGAUCCAGAGAGAACCCGUGCCCGGAGCAGGGGGACAUCAUCCAGAUCAAGCUGAGCGAACACACGGAGGUCCUUCCCAAAGCCGACGGCACCGGCAGCACCACCAUGCUGGUGGACACCGUCUUCGAAAUGAACUACUCCACAGGACAGUGGACCCGCCUCAAGAAAUACAAACCCAUCACCAACACCUCCUGAGGCGCUUCGCUUUCUCAAAAAAUUACACCCAAGAUUUCUUAUCCACUUCAAAGAAACCAUGUUUACACACUUAAACAAGUAUUUGCAUUCACAUUUGGGCCAAAUCAAGAUAGGAAGUCGUCAAGGAGAGAACGGUCCUCCCUGUUCCUGCACCGCCAAAAUGCAGGAGUCUUUGAAGAAUAUUUCUGUACUUUUCGUUUGGUUGUUUCCCUUUUUCCUUUUAUUGUUUCAGUUUUUAAGUCACCUCCGAUUCCUGAAUGAUGCCGCGGUCAGAGAUUCCUACGAGUCUGACCAGAGGAAUUAUCCUCACGGCAGGCACCUCUCAACAUUUGUACUCUGAAGUACGAGCAUGUCGCUUCGUGUCUAGAAAGAAGAAAAGACGAGCCAUCUGUAUUUUUCUGUAUGAAUGUCACAUUUGCAGUAUAACUUCUACCUUUCAGAACAGAAUCAUGGUUUGUGACAAAAAAAAGAGAACAAUAAUGACAAGUCAACAUAGAGGUGACCAAAAAAAAAAGAAGAGGAGCGGAGUAAAGUAGUAUUCAAUGCUGACAAGUUCUGUUUGGAGCCUUCUGGUGGAUGUUUUCAUCAGUUUUUUUCAUCCUUUUAUUCCAAAGAAGGGAAGAAAAUAAAGUGACAACAGACUCCAGAGAGAUGUUUCUGUCUUACUCAC